AUGUGUGAAGCCAGAUCAGAUAUGGAGAAUCACAUUUCCUGGAAAAUUGGUAGAGGAGAGAUAGAUUUUUGGUUUGACAAUUGGUCAAGCUUAGGACCUCUUUACUUACUUCAACCCGAUAUUGAAGGAAAUAUUUUGAUCAAGCUUAACACAGUUUAUAACAAUAGUGUCUGGAAUUGGAACUCUAUUCAGGGAGAUCUUUCUGAAGAUGUAAAAAAUAAGAUUACGAGCUUGGGAGUUUCUCGAGACAACAAUGUGGAUGAUACAACAAUUUGGAGGGAGUCUAAUAAUGGCCUCUUCACUUUUCACUCAGCUUGGAAUAUUAUAAGAAAUAAAAGAUCUUCCAACAUUGCUACUAGUAAGAUUUGGAAUUGUGCCAUCCCCUUUAAGAUGUGUUUCCUUACUUGGAGAGCUAUUUAUAAUAGACUCUCAACGGAUGAUCAAGUGGAAAAACUUGGCAUCAACAUUGAGCCUGGAUGCUACUGUUGUGUGAAUAUCCCUGAACAACUCACAGGAAAUUGCCGAUCAUCUUUUUUGCAAAGGGAACCUCGCAAAAAAUAUUUGGCGAAGUAUUGCGAAUUCUUUGGGUGUGAGACUGAUCUAGAAUUCUCUUAA